AUGAAGUAAUUUUGUGAAAAUGAAACAAAAUAGUAAAUGGAUGUAAGUCAAUAAAGAGAAGAUGAAUAACUAAAUUGUUCUAUUUAUAACUUGACCUAACUAAAAGAUGCUAACAAUCUCUAGCGAAUAAUUUUGGAUGAACAAUCAAUUAAUUUUGAGGAUAGACAUGCUAAGGAUUCAGUUACAUCCCACCCAUAAAAUAUUCAGAAUAAAGCAAAUUUACAAAAAUAUAAAAAAUUUUGGAAAAAAAGUCAAUUAAAUUAGAAAAAAAAAAAAUGUUUUGAAAUGAGUUCCAAAAAUCAGAUGAAAAUUUUGGAAUAAGAUGGUAUUUAGAUUGAAUCAUACAAUAAUUUUCAAAUUUGCUUCAAAGAGGAAAUACUCGAUCAUUCUUUGUAAUUAAAAAAUUUGACAAAAUUAUCAGAUUAAGGAAUGCAAUUUUAGGAGGAGGAUGUUAUUAAUUUCAAUAAGAUCCAAGUAAAUGAUUCACAAAAAAGUUUAAGUAAAAUUUAAAUAGCAAAUAUAUUGGAGAAAUAGGAAUAAAACAUUUCGAGUUUAGAACUCUAAAAAUUUCCAAAAGAAUCAGUCAAUGAAAAAAUUAAAUCUAAAAUCCUGGUUAAAAUGAAUAGUUUUUAAGAAGCAUAAAAAUAAUUUGAUUAAGGUAUUUAGAAAAACAUUGAAGAAUCAGACCAUUAUAAUAACAAAGCGAUAGCGUUAGAUAAAAUAAAUAGAUUUGCAGAAGCGUUAGAACUGUAUAAUUUAGCCAUUUCGAAAAACCCUCAUUAUUCUGAAUAUUAUUUUAACAAAGCCAAUACUUUGGAUAAGAUGAAUAGGUUUAUUGAAGCUUUGGAAAAUUUUGAUUUAGCUAUUUAGAAAAAUCCAGAAAUACCAGCCUAUUAUAAUAAUAAAGCAAUGAGUUUAGAUAAAAUGAAAAAAUAUAAAUAGGCUUUAAAAUGGUUUGAUUUAGCUAUUAAGAAAAACCCUGAAGAAUCAGAAUAUUAUUGUAACAAGGCGAUGACUUUAGAUAAGUUGGCUAGACAUAAAGAAGCAUUGAAAUAUUAUGAUUUAGCAAUUAAGAAAAACCCGAAUGAAUCAGACUAUUAUAAUAAUAAAGCCAUGACAUUAGAUAAAAUGAACAGAUUCAAAGAAGCAUUAGAAUGUUAUGAUUUAGCUAUUUAGAAGAACCCUGAUGAUGCAGAUCUAUAUAAUAAUAAAGGAGACACUUUAGAUAGAUUAGGUAGAUAUGAAGAAGCAUUAGAAAAUUAUGAUUUGGCCAUUCAGAAAAAUCCUGAAGACUCAGUCUAUUAUUUGAACAAGGGGAUUGUUUUAAAUAUGUUGGAUAGGCAUUAAGAAGCAUUGAAAUAUUAUGAUUUAGCUAUUAAAAUUAACCCUGAAGAUCCUGUAUUUUAUAAUAGCAAAGGCAUAAUUUAUCAUCAUAAUCUCCUAGCCAAUACUUUAUCAGAAAUGAAUAGAUUUGAGGAAGCAUUCUAAUAUUAUGAUUUGGCAAUUUAGAAAAACCCUGAGGAAUCUAGUUUUUAUAACUAUAAGGCAAUUGCAUUACAAAAUGCUCAGAAAUUUGUCGAAGCAUUAAAAUAUAUUGAAUUAGCAAUUUAAAAAUCCUCAGAACAAUCAGAUUAUUAUUAUAACAAAGCGAUUAUAUUAAAAGAAAUGGAUAGAAUUGAAGAAUCUCUGGAAUUUUCUGAUUUAGCUAUUUCUAAAAAUCCUGAAGAAUCACACUAUUAUUAUACCAAAGCUUUGGCUUUGAAUAAAAUGAAUAGAUUAGUAGAAGCUCUGUAAUAUUAUGAUUUGGCUAUUUAAAAAAAUUCCUAAAUCUCAGUCUAUUAUAUGAGCAAAUCUGGAACAUUAGAAUUGUUGAAUAGAUAUGAAGAGGCCUUGGAAUAAAUUGAUCAAGCCAUCUCAAAAAAUCCUGAAGAUUCAGAAUGUUAUAGUCGUAAAGCACUUAUUUUAAGUACAUUGAAUAGAUUUGAAGAUGCCUUGGAAUAUUGUAAUUUAGCUAUAGAGAAUUAACCAGAUGAAUCAGCAAAUAAAAUAGCAUAAUUCAUAGCUAAAAUUUUAAAGUUAUUAAAAAGAUAUGAAGAAGCAUUGAAAUAUUUUGAUUUAGCAAUUUCGAUAAACCCAGAAGAUUCAGAAAACUAUGAUAAUAAAGCGAUGAUAUUAAUCAAAUUGAAUAGAUUUGUAGAAGCAUUGGAGUUUUCUGAUUUGGCAAUUGAAAAAAAACCAGAAAUAUCAAAUUAUUAUAACAACAAAGCAAUAAUAUUAAAUAAAAUCAAUAGGUAUGAAGAAGCAUUGAAAUUUUAUGAUUUAUCUAUUGAGAAAAACCCUAAUGAAUCAAACUAUUAUAAUAACAAAGCAAUGACUUUAAAUAACAUGAAUAGAUUUGAAGAAGCAUUAUAAUUUUAUGAUUUAGCUAUUUAGAAAAACCCUGAGAUAUCAAAAUAUUUUGAGAGUAAAGGGAUAACACUCAAUAAAAUGAAUAGAUUAGUUGAAGCUUUAGAACAGUAUGAUCUAGCUAUUUAGAAAGACCCUGAUGAAUCAGACUAUUAUAACAAUAAAGCAUUAACUUUAAAUAAAAUGGAGAGAUUUAUUGAAGCUUUAGAAUAAUAUGAUAUAGCAAUUCAGAAAAGCCCAGAGGAAGCAGAAUAUUAUAACAACAAAGGUAGAAUUCAAUAUAUAUAAUUACAAGCUGAUACAUUAAGUAACAUCAAUAGGUAAUAAGAGGCAUUGAAAUAUUAUGAUUUAGCUAUUUAGAAAAAUCCAGCAGAAUCAGACUAUUAUAACAAAAAAGCAUUUAUGUUAAAUUAAAUGAAUAGAUAAUUAGAAGCUUUGGAAUACUAUAAUUUUGCUAUUUAAUAAAAUCCUGAAAACCCAUAGUAUUACAAAAACAAAGGUAUAAUUGAAUAGCGUAAUGUACUAGCCGACACUUUAGAAUUGUUAGGUAGAAAUGAAGAAGCAUUAGAAUAUAUUGAUUUAGCAAUAUAGAAAAGUCCAGAAGUUUCAACCUUUUAUAAUAACAAAGCAUUAAUCUUAGAUAAAAUUAAUGAAUUCGAAGAAGCAUUGAAAAAUUAUAAUUUAGCAAUUUAGUUAAACCCAGAAGAUUCUGACUACUAUAAUAAUAAAGCAAUUGCAUUAUAUAAUAUGAGGAGAUUCGCAAGAAGUAAUUGCUAUUUGUGA